AUGGCUUCGACCGUCAACUCGCUGCCGUCGUCGAAUGGAGCCGCUGCCACGCCGCUGAACUCGUCUGUCUCACCGAACACAAUGGCUUCCAGAACUGCCGGGCGUCCUGCUUCGGGCGUCAAGGGCGCCGACAUCACUCGUCGUCAGUCGGGGAGUCCUGUUGACGCUGGCCAGAGACGCCCCAGCUCGCAGAAAGCGUGGACGCAGAACAUCAACCCUGCGAACCAGAAACCCUCCAGCCCUUACCCACAGCAGAAUGGGAGUGCUUCGGGGAGGAAGUCUGCCAUGUCUCCCAGCCCCAUGCAGAACAAGGAAUCUUCCACUCCCGACCAACACGCACACGACCGUCUUAUUUUUCUUCUCACGGCGGCCAUCGGGAGCAAUGUGACCGUCACCAUGAAAGACGGCGAGAAAUUCACCGGCAUCUUCUCGGGCUCGGCCCUAGAGUCCAACGAGACCAUACUCAUCCUCAAAAUGGCCCGUCGUUCACCUUCUGACGCUGAAUCGGCGCAGUCUAACGGUGUCAGCCACAGUGACAGCUCGUAUGUUGGUGCUGGUCCGGAUCAUCAAUUGAUGAUUGACGCCCAAGAUAUCACCUGCUUGGAUAUCCCAGCCCUAUCAACCACCGGUGUGGCGGCCAAGGAACAGAAUGGAGCUACAUCCGGGUUCCGCACCGACACCGAUAUUUCUGGAAACCAACCCGGCCGUGAGAGACAACUUCAACGCUGGGAGCCAAGCGGAGCAGACGCUGCUGUUGAGUGGGCUCCAGAGAGCACAGGAUCGGCAGGCUGGGACCAGUUCGAAACCAAUGCUAGACUCUUCGGCGCCACGUCCAGCUACGACGAGAACCUAUAUACCACUCGCAUCGACCGCUCCGACCCUUCAUACAAACGCAAGGAGGCCGAAGCUGCCAGAAUCGCCCGCGAAAUCGAAUCCACUGACACUGAUAACGUUCACAUGCGUGAGGAACGAGGCCACGUCCAACAACACGACGAUACCGAUGAGGAAGCAAAAUAUAGCGGAGUGAGACGCGAUAACUCGGCAGUUGUUGCCCCUCUGGCUUCUGGACAGCCUAAUAAAUAUAUGCCCCCAGCAAGACGACCCCCUACCGGCCAGCCAACCGUGCCAGGAGCCCCAGUCGACCCUGCUAUUAUUUCUGCCCAAAUUGCUCGACCUGACAGCCAAGCCAAGGCUCCCUCCUCUCAGCCUAAAGAGGCCCCUUCAGCCCCCAUAAAUAAAGAAUCCCAGGAGAAAGAGAAGGCUCCCGCUGCUCCUAAGGCUAACGAGGCUUUGAAGACCGUUGCAAGUAACGGGGCAAUCGAGGCAGAGCGUAAGGGAGCCGCAGCUGGUCCCUCUCAGCCUACAUCAGGUGCUGCAUCCGCUUCUCGCGGUAGCGGUGAGAACGCUGCCUCCAACGUUGAAACCGAAGUGCUUGAUCAUUUCCGACGAUUUGCCAAUGAUGAGAAGAUGAAACUCCAGGAACGACGUCGUAACCAGGCGUCGUAUGAUCGUACGAUCAAACUAAAUGAGCUGAUGAAAUUUUCAAAGAACUUCAAACUGGGUACCCCCGUUCCCAAGGAUUUGGUGCCAAUCUUAGCUAAAGACCCCAGCAAGCAAGAGGAAAUCGUCGAGCGUGCAAAGAAACAGCACGAAGAAAAGACCGCCGGUGUACCAGCUAAACCAACCGCUGCUGCUGCGGCUGCUACUACGACCACCGCUUCUGCCUCUACCACAGAGGCUAAAGCGACUCCACGCAGCGCAGGUGCUCCCCGUUAUGAAGGCGGAAACGGUCUCCCUGCAAAUGUUCCAGACCGACAGGGUGGUCACGGACGUGGCCGUCAAGGUUAUCCACCAAUGGGUCCCCAAGCUGGACGACAACUCCAACAUCAAGGAGGCCACCCAGGCCGUGCUGGUCCUGGAUUGCUCAGUCACCGGUUAGUUGAGAUUCAGCAGCAGCGUAGAGGCGCCGGUAUGGGUCCUGUGCCUGCACCGCUUCCCAUCCAGGAUGCUCGUAUGCAGCCAUCUGCCCCAGCUGGCGGUGAUCAAGGACAGAGCAACAGCCCUCCAAAGCCGGCUGCUCAUACUCCUACCUCUUCCGCUUCUACCAAGUUCAACGUUCGUGCUAUGGAGUUCAAGCCUAACCCAGCUGCAAGCACUUUUACCCCCGCUGGACCAGCAGCCGCACCAUCUAACGCUGCACCAGCAAACGCCCGACCUCAAUCUGUUGCUCCACGAGCCACGAGCCCAACAGCCUUCUUCGGCGCUAAGAAACCGCUACCUGCUACCGAGAGACCCCUUAUCGUCAACAACUUUAACCCUGUAAAACGUAUGAAGAAGGAAGCCACAGAGGCCGGUUCCAAGGACUAUGCUUUCAAUGGCGGUAUUCCACCUGCGUACAGGACUGCUCCAACUUGGGAUGUUUCCCCAAUCAAUGAAAAGAAGACAUAUGCGGACAUGUUCAAGCCCCCAGUUACCGCUGCAGCUGCCUCGCCACAAACUCGUUCUUCAAAUACACAGAUGCCUCACCAGCAACAACUCCCAUACCAUCUUCAGCAUGGUGCCCACAACAUGCCACCAAGCAGCGGACCUCCAACUCAUCUUAUCCCUCCACAACAGCAGCACGCUGCUCCAAUGCAUUAUGAUGAUCACCAUCGAAUGCAGAUGUCUGCAUCAUCUUCUCAAGUCUAUCCUUCUCCACGUCUCCAGCACAGUACCCCAAUGGCUUAUCAACACUCUGUCGGCCCACAUAACCAGAUGGCCAUGGGCCACGCUGUGCCUCCAUACUACCCACAGUCCGGACAUGUCCGCCAUUACCCCAAUGGACCCCAAUUUUCCAACCCUCCUAAUGGUGGUGCUCCAAUGAUGGCCCACCAGGCUUCGAACGGACCAUAUAUGGGUAUGCCACCGCAAGCAAUGACACCAUAUAAUCCUCCAAUGCAGAUGUUCUCUCCCAACCCUGGACAUGUAUACCCUCAACAUGUCCAACCUCCAAUGCAGACGCAUAGUGGCUACCCAAGUCCUAGCCGCGGUGCGCCGAUGAUGAUGCAUCAGGGCUCUCAACAGGGACCACCUCCUCAGCCAAUGAUGGCCAUGAACGGGCAGCCAGGACAGGGCUACUAUCCUCCUCAGCAGCCUAAUCAUAUGCCACCAAUGCGUCCCGGCCAUCACCAGCAACAACACCCACACUUCGCCUCCAGUCCCCACCAGUCCCAUAAUUACCCGCACCACCAGUACCGCAACCAAAAUCAGAACCAAAACCAAAACAAUAACAACAACUUCAACCAAAUGCCUCAUGGGCCUCCACCACCCAUGCAGCCGCAAGCCGGUCCACCACCCGCUGCCUCCUCAGGCGCCCAUCCAACCGAAGCACCAGAAGAAGUGAAAUGA